AUGUACUAUUAAUCAAACCCAGCUAGAAACUUAGUUGUAGAGUGAGAAGUUUUUGAACAUGCACAAACCCAGCCACUUCGAUUUUGAAAGACAUUUAUUUACGGUUAAUCAAUUUUAGGGUUGGGGGUUUGUGAUUCUACACUAUUUGUUACAGAUUAUGGUUUUUUUUCUUUUGUGAUUUAGGGUUUGUGAUUCUAGAUAUUUGGGCUUUUGAAUUGAUUCAUUCUCUCCUCUCCUAUGUGUUUCACUAGGUUACCCCAUUCUUAUAUCUGGUUUUAUAUAGGUUUAACAUUUAACGGCAUUUAAUCUCUCGAUUUCGUUUCGCAGCAACGAGAUUAAGGCUCGAUUUUGCUUUGCAGCUGCAAGUUAAGGCUCGAUUUCACUUUGCAGCUGCGAGUUAAGGUUUGGGUGGCAUACUAAGAAUCAAGUUGGCUAAAUGCUUUCAUUUUGAUUGUUUAUUGAUAUGCUAUGGCAGGAAAAUAAUUGGAGCUAGAUACUAUCUAAAGGGUUAUGAGGCAUAUUAUGGCCCGCUAAAUAACACAGGAUUAUCGGUCACCUCGAGAGAAACCACAAGGUACGUAUAUAUCGAAUUUGAUUCCUGGUGUCUAAUUUUUCUUCCCUAAUCCAUACAUAGGGGCAGACGGUGACUCCAUUUAAGCUGGGCAAGAUGUACCCACUAGUUUAUGCCGGAAACUCAGAAAUUCCCGGUACAACCCCCAAAGACAAGACCGGGCUAUGCCUCCAUGGAACUCUCUCCCCAGCUCUCGUCGAAGGAAAAAUUGUCGUGUGCCUAAGUGGGUAUUCCUUCAAUGUUGAGAAGGGUUUGGAGGUGAAACAUGCUGGUGGGAUUGGUUUCGUUCUGCAAAAUCCUGUGAAUGGCAUAGGGAUAUCCGUUGAUGAUCAUGUGCUUCCCGGAACAGCAGUGUUUUCUAACGAUCCAGUCACCAUUCUCGACUAUAUUAGAGCUAGUAAUAGUCCAACGGCGAUGUUGAUCCCAUCGGAAACUGUCUUGGGCAGUAGACCAGCACUGUUCAUGGUAGCGUUCUCUUCCAUGGGUCCGAAUGGCCUCCAACCUAAUAUACUCAAGGGAAAUUAGGUGUUGAAUUUGGUGCAUAGAAGUUGGAACUGUUAUUUCGAGAGUCUAAAGGUCUUCAAGUAAAAGGAGAAGAUCGAUGCCAAUCAAAGAAAAAAGAGAGAAGAUCAUUGCUUUGUCAUAUGAAGAUGGAGAUUGUGAUCUAGCUACCGCGGGUUGAAACUUAGUUGAACCAUUUUCCUUUGACACUUCCUUUUCUCUUCUUUGUUUUUCUAUGAGAGAGGUGGGCUAUGUGGAUAUUUAUAUAUUUUUGCAUUUGGAAGCUACUGGUUUUUUUCCAAUGUUAACAUAAUAUACUUCAAUUUGGA